UAGUGAACAAAUCCGUAACCCGCGCGGUAGCGUUCGUUAGCCUCAUCCCGCCGUCAACGAUCACGCUAAAGCCCUGCUUCAUCUCUCUCGCUGGAGCUUCAACCCUAGAUCCCGAUGAAGGAGUUCAACGUGAAUGGAAGUACCCUCUCGCUUGCCCUCUUCACCGAUGUCUCUAAUAGCAAGGAAUUAUUGAAUUUGAUUCAAGAAGGAAAAUUGGAGCCAGAAGUAGCUCUUCUGAACGCGUCACUGAUUCCUGAUGUUUUCCCCAUUCUAGCAGCAGCUCAUAAAGCAGUUUUAGAUAAAUCAAGGGAGUCACUGAAAACACGGUCACUUCAUUCAGAGCUUGUUUAUAAUUACUCAGGAUCCAAACAUAUCACUGAGUCAUUGAAAAGAUGUGGAAUUUCAGACAACACAACCUACAUUCUUGCAGCUCGUUUUAGUGCUGCUCACGGCGAGAUGAAAAAUGUGGAGAAACUCAUCAAAGGAACAGAGAUUGACUUGGAAGAGUUGGAAGCUAGGGCCGAUCACUCUCAGAUUAAAAAGCAUUAUAAAAUCUCCAUCCAAGAAUUAGAGAUAUCUUCAGUCCCUGAUGCAAUCACAUGUAGGAUUGCAGCUCGAGAUGCCCUGUGAGAGGCUAUUCUAAUUUUAAUGUACUGGUACUAAUAUUUCCCACCUUUUGUUGAGCCUAUGAUCAUCAUUCAGAACAUGAAUUCUUUCAUAUCAUUCAAGGGCAAUAUCUGUCAUCCAAGUAAUCUGGAAAGUGGAUUUACCCCUUACAUCUUUAUAUUGUUUGUAACCAAAGAUUGGCAAAUAAUGUGUAUUUCCCUCCUUUGUCUUCUUAAAACAUUGAGGAAUUUAUAGCAUUUUUCUGUUGUUGAGGAUGCAUGAA